CCUACCUAUUUCCCGCCAUUACUAUUCAAUCCAAAAUGGCUGCCAAUCAAUAUAUUUUGUACUUUUUAUUUGCAUUUUUAAUAACACAGACAAAAAGUGCGGCCGUACAUGUUCCUAUGCCAGAAAUAAAAGAGGAUUACAAUAUGAGGUCUCAUCUAAAAUAUGAUAAUGUAUGGGAAUAUUGUUCUAAGAGAGACAUCGCGUGUAAAUCUAAUAAUACGAACAUAUGUGCCGCAAAAAUAGUGGGUCAGAGAAGGUUUUACAAGGACUUCGGGAACGGAUGUUAUUUGUUUUUGAGUAAUAUGUGUGAUCAUCCUGAAGAAGAGUAUUACAUAGUAACUUCAGGUAGUUGUGCGGAACACUUCCAAGGAACAAGGCGUAUCGAUGAUGGUGAAGAACUAAACGAUACUCUGGCUACAAACUCUUCAGAAAUAAACGAAUCGAAAGAAAUAAACGGCACUGAAGCUACAUUCGGAGACGACAAUGAAGAUGACGAUGCUCUACGCCAAGCCAAGGAAGAAAAGCCUUUCAGCCCACUGUACAGUACAGACGAGGCAUUCGACGGUCAUAUAUGUCCUCAUUCGUGCCCCGACGUCUACUCUCCGAUCUGCAUCGCUGUAAACAGGGGCUUUGGGAAAUAUUUCAAGUUUUUGACCUUCAUCAACCAUUGUUUAGGCGACUUAUAUUAUUGUAAGAAUCAUGAAGAGUUCAAAGCGCCACCCCAUGAAGAGGAACCAAUUGUUCAAGACUCACCUCUUUCCUGGUCAUACUGUGCUUCAUCCAGAUUCCUAACGUUCGCACGUUUUUCUGAACAACUGUCAGCAAUGGGUCACUACGGCUGGCUGGCGGGAGAUUACAAGUUCUCGCAUAUUCUAACACCUGAAGAGAGAGAGAGAUUGGAGAACCGAGGGUAGACGCCAGAAUAGGAAAAAUGUAUCCAACUGCUUGUACACCGUUAAUAAUCAUGGCGAAAGGGUUAAAAAUAGUGAUUCUAAUUAGAUUGCCAAAAAAUAUUCGACACGUAUUUUUAUUUCAGCAAAAUAUUAACCGUCUUACCACAAAAACUUUUUGACGUCAGUUUAAGACUUGUAUAAAAAAAUGACAAAUUAUGACGUUGACAUAUGGUUCAUUUUGCAGCCAAAAUUUUAUUAGACAAGUGUAAAACAGGGUUUAAAGUUUUUGUAGUAAGGCCAUAUAUAUUUUUUACUAAGUUGUGGAUGUGACCAUUUAUCUAAACAAAAGAAGUACCGUCUUACCACAAAAACUUUUUAACGUCAGUUUAAGACUUGUCUAAAAUAAUGACAAAUUGACGUUGACAUAUGGUUCAUUUUGGAGCCACAUUUUUUUUAGACAAGUGUAAAACAGUUGUUAAAGUUUUUGUAGAAAGGCCAUAUAUAUUUACUAAGAUACACGCUUUAAAAUACGCAACAAAGUUUGAGAGUGGGGGCUCGUGACGUCACGUCUAUGUAAAUAACUUACUGUUACAGCCUUUUUAUCGUCCCACUGCUGGGCACAGGCCUCUUCUCACGUGGAGAAGGAUUGAGCAUUAAGGCUCGAGCAGACCGGAUGCGUAUGCGUAGACGUAAGCGUAGACGUGCGCGUAGACGUGCACGUACCUUGAGUUGUAAUGUAUAGAAAUGUAUGAGACCGGACACACCGCUU